CAGUUCUGUGUGUGCGGGUAUGUGUCAUCCCACGGAAUAUUGUUAAAAAGUUGUUCCGGUGUGUUUCCAAGUGAUUUGUGAAUUAUAUUUGGAUUACUGAUUAAUUUUGAGUUGUUGUUUGGCGUGAAGCCCGCAGUGAUUCGUGCUCGCCCAGCGCACCUCCACACGACGCAUCAGUUCGGCUGCGCAAUGAUACGCGCCGCGCUCGUGUUCGCGCUCGCGCUCGCGACCGCGCUCGCCGAGGACGACACCUCCGGCCCCGUGUUCUUACGCGAGCCGCCCAAUCGCGUCGACUUUUCCAACACCACGGGCGCAGUGGUCGAGUGCAGCGCACGCGGCAAGCCCCAGCCGGACAUCAUAUGGGUGCGAUCUGAUGGUACGGCCGUCGGAGACGUUCCGGGAUUACGACAGGUGCUAUCCAAUGGCAACUUAGUUUUUCCGCCGUUUAGAGCCGAAGAUUACAGACAGGAAGUUCACGCUCAAGUUUACGCUUGUUUGGCCAAAAACAGCGUGGGAUCGGUGCACUCCAGGGAUGUUAACGUCAGAGCAGUCGUAAAUCAGUUUUACAAAGCUGAAAUCCUGACGGAGUACGUGAUACGCGGCAACACCGCGGUGCUGAAGUGCAGCAUACCGUCCUUUGUUGCCGAUUUUGUCCACGUUGAAUCCUGGAUAGACGAUUCGGGGAACGUGCUGAAAUCUUCAAACGAUUACGACAGCAAAUAUUUGGUGCUACCCUCUGGCGAGUUGCAUAUCAGGGACGUGGGGGCCGAAGAUGGAUAUAAAUUAUACCAGUGCCGUACCAAACACAGAUUGACAGGGGAAACAAGAUUAAGUGCCACCAAGGGAAAACUAGUCGUCACCGAACCGCAAACAAGUGUGGCACCAACAGCAAAAGAUAAAUCGAUUUCUGGCCUUAAAAGCGAUGUAAAAUUCGGUACCACGGUUCCGCUACUUUGCGCUGCUCAAGGGUUCCCAGCACCAAUAUACAGAUGGUACAAAUUCGUGGAAGGAACCAGCAGGAAACAGGCUGUACAACUGAACGACAGAGUGAAACAAGUGGCCGGCACACUGAUCAUUCGCGAAGCCAAAGUGGAAGAUUCCGGAAAAUAUUUAUGCGUCGUGAACAACUCAGUGGGAGGCGAGAGCGUGGAAACCGUGUUGACCGUGACCGCACCUUUGAAAGCUAAAAUCGAACCGCAAGUGCAGACCAUCGACUUCGGCAGGCCCGCGGUCUUUACCUGCAAAUUUGAAGGAAAUCCGAUUAAAACAAUAAACUGGUUGAAAGAUGGAAAACGCAUCGACCAUACGGACGCCGUGUUAAGAAUUGAAGCCGUCAAGAAAGAAAACAAGGGCAUGUACCAAUGUUUCAUAAGAAAUGACCAGGAAAGUGCCGAAUCUACCGCGGAGUUACGCUUGGGGGACAGAUUCGAACCGCCCCAAAUUAGACACGCUUUUAACGAAGAAACCGUCCAGCCAGGAAACUCGAUUUACAUGAAAUGUAUCGCAUCUGGUAACCCGACGCCCGAAAUCACUUGGGAGUUAUACGGUAGGAGAUUAUCGAACAGCGACAGAUACCAAAUCGGACAGUACGUUACGGUUAACGGAGACGUCGUGUCGCACUUAAACAUCACUGCUAUACAUACAAACGACGGGGGCUUGUAUCGAUGCGUGGCUUCGAGCAAAGUUGGAUCUGCCGACCACUCGGCAAGGAUUAACGUCUAUGGGCUUCCCUUCGUCAGAUCCAUGGAGAAACAGGCCAUUGUUGCGGGGGGAACCCUGAUUGUGCAUUGCCCCUUCGCAGGGCAUCCAGUGGAAACUGUGGUAUGGGAAAGAGAUAACAGGUUGUUGCCCAUCAACGGAAAACAGAAGGUCUUCCCCAAUGGAACUCUGAUGAUCGAAAACGUAGAAAGGACUUCGGAUCAAGCAACGUACGUCUGCGUAGCGAAAAAUUCGCAAGGAUACAGCGCGAGAGGAUCUCUAGAAGUCCAAGUUAUGGUUUUACCCAGAAUUACCCCGUUUUCCUUUGAAGACAAUCCCGUGCACUCAGGGCAGUUUAUACAGGUUUCUUGUUCGGUUACUGAAGGCGACUUACCAGUUCAGAUAGAGUGGCUACUGAAUGGCGCAAAACUAGAAGAUUAUCCAGAAGUUUCGACCACUAAUAUUGGAAAACGUGGAUCUAUUUUGGCAAUUGAAUCUGUGUUCCACGUGCACGCAGGAAACUACACGUGUAGAGCCACAAACAAAGCAGGACAAGAGACUUACACGGCCGAGCUACAAGUGAAUGUGCCACCAAGGUGGAUAUUAGAACCGACCGAUAAAGCAUUUGCUCAAGGUUCUGAUGCCGCUGUUGAAUGUAAAGCCGAUGGGUUCCCUAAGCCUACGGUGACAUGGAAAAGGGCUACAGGUGUUUCCCCUGGCGAUUACAAAGACUUUAAACCGAAUAACCCCGAUGUAAAAGUUGAAGAUGGUACUUUAACCAUUAAUAAUAUACAAAAAACUAAUGAGGGUUACUACCUGUGCGAGGCUGUUAAUGGUAUUGGUUCUGGUUUAUCUGCUGUUGUAUUGAUCAGCGUACAAGCUCCUCCUCAGUUUGAUAUUAAACUCCGCAACCAAACCGCGCGUAGGGGAGACCCAGCCGUCUUACAGUGCGAAGCCAAGGGUGAAAAACCGAUUGGAAUUUUGUGGAACAUAAACGGCAAACGUUUAGAACCCAAAGGAGAUAACCGAUACACAAUCCGAGAAGAAAUUUUACCUAACGGAGUUUUAUCCGAUUUAAGUAUCAAGCGUACUGAACGAUCUGAUUCUGCUUUAUUCUCUUGCGUGGCUACUAACGCUUUUGGAAGUGACGAUACCAACAUUAACAUGAUUAUACAAGAGGUGCCCGAAGUACCGUAUGGACUUAAAGUUUUGGAUAAGAGCGGUAAAACGGUGCAACUGUCAUGGGUGUCGCCGUAUGAUGGAAACUCUCCAAUCAAAAUCUUUAAUAUUGAGUACAAACAGAGCAAGGCCAGUUGGGAUUCGAAUACCGAUAGCGUUUUGGUGCCAGGUGAUUUGACGGAAGCCGGAAUCAACACUCUUCGUCCUGCCACGACUUAUCAUAUCAGAAUCGUAGCCGAAAACGAAAUCGGCAAGAGCGACCCUUCAGACACGGUUACCAUCAUAACAGCUGAAGAGUCGCCCAGCGGAGCACCGACCAAAAUACGCGUGGAAACGAGCGACCAAUUUUCUUUGAUGGUGUACUGGAAACCUCCACUGAGGGAACAGUGGAACGGAGAUAUUCAAGGGUACUACGUCGGUUACAGACUGGGAAGCUCGAACACUCCCUACUUAUUCCAAACGGUGGAAUUCCCCAGGGAAGAAGACGGCAAAGAACAUCACUUGAACAUUUCAAAUCUCAAAACGUACACGCAAUAUUCCGUCGUCGUGCAGGCUUUCAAUAAGGUCGGAGCCGGUCCGAUCUCGGAGGAAAUUAAGGCUUACACCGCCGAAGGUGUUCCAGAACAACCCCCAGACAAGGCCACCUGCACAACUUUGACCGCCCAAACUAUCAGGGUGUCCUGGGUAUCUCCCCCAUUGACUUCCGCUAACGGCGUUAUUAAAGGCUACAAGGUCAUCUACGGGCCUUCUGACCUCUGGUUUGAUGAAAAUAGUAAGGAUACCAAGAUAACCUCCUCAAGUGAAACCAUCCUGCAUGGCUUGAAGAAAUACACCAACUACAGCAUGGAGAUAUUGGCUUACACAGCCGGAGGGGAUGGUGUGAGAACCACUCAAAUCCAUUGCCAAACCGAACAGGACGUCCCAGAGGCUCCUAUCGCAGUCAAGGCUUUGGUUAUGUCGUCCGAUUCGAUCUUAACCAGCUGGAAGCCACCGGUGGAACCAAACGGUAUCGUCGAAUAUUACACGGUUUAUUACAAGCAAGCCGGCAACGACGACGAAAAACCGCACUCGCAAAAAAUUGUGCCGAAUUUGAAGAACCAAAACCUACGAUUCCAGGCCAAGAACCUCGAUAGUACGCAUAAAUACGAAUUCUGGGUUACUGCCGCUACUACCAUUGGCGAAGGGCAGCCUUCGAAGAAGGUUACAGUUUCUCCUAGCCUUAGUGUGCCUGCCAAAACUGCCUCAUUCGACGACUCAUUCACGACCACUUACAAAGAAGACGUAACCUUACCGUGCUUAGCAGUGGGCGUACCUCCACCGACAAUCACCUGGAGCAUCAAAGGCACCAAAUUCUCCAUCAACUCGAACGACAGAAUCAGGCAACAACCGGACGGUUCCUUGUUUAUCAGGGACGUGACCAGGACCGACGCGGGGGAGUACACUUGCCGCGUGGAGAACGACUACGGGCAGGACUCGGUCACCCACCAACUGAUCGUGAACGCGCCCCCACACGCGCCGCAAGUCACCUUGACCUCGACCACGACCAACUCUCUGACCGUGAAGCUGAAAGCCCACGAGGACGACGUGGAGCCGAUCCACGGGUACACGGUGCACUACAAACCGGAGUUCGGCGAGUGGGAGACCGUUCAGGUGGGCCCCAGCAUCGAAAAGUACACUUUGGAGAGACUGGUGUGCGGCACGAGGUACCAGGUGUACGUCACCGCUUACAACAGCAUCGGUACCGGCGACCCGUCCGACAAUCUGAACCCGAGGACCAGAGGAGAGAAACCGCUGAUACCGACUGCCGAUAAGUUCAUCGAGGUUUCGUCGAACAGCAUCACGCUGCAUCUUAGCGCCUGGUCCGAUGGCGGCUGUCCCAUGCUUUACUUCGUCAUUGAGCACAAAAAGAAGAUUAAUACUGAAUGGAUUCAGGUAUCAAAUAACGUGAAACCGACCCAAAACUUUGUGCUGUUAGACUUGGACCCGGCAAUUUGGUACCAUUUGAGGGUAACAGCACAUAACAACGCCGGUUUUAACGUUGCCGAAUACGAAUUCGCUACUCUUACAGUGACAGGAGGUACUAUUGCCCCGGCCCGUGAAAUCCCCAAAGAAGACACUAUACAAAUAAUCCUCGCAAACCUAAACCUAGUAGUUCCUGUAGUAGCCGCCGUGUUGGUCAUUAUAGUUGCCAUUAUCGUGAUCUGUGUGUUGCGCGGCAAAGGGAAUUAUAACAAAGAUGAUGUUGUUUACAACCAGACCUGCAACGCCGCUUCUACAUUGGACAAGCGCCGCCCCGAUUUGAGGGACGAAUUGGGCUACAUCGCUCCUCCCAACAGAAAAUUACCACCUGUUCCUGGAUCUAAUUACAAUACUUGUGAUAGAAUCAAGCGAGGUACCGUCUUAAGAGCACAUUACCGUUCCCACUCGACCUGGGACCCCAGAAGGAACUUGUACGAGGAGCUGAGAAGUAGAAGGGGCUCAAACGAGACCGUACACACUCACAGAGGCAUGGACGACGAAAUCUGCCCGUACGCGACCUUCCAUCUAUUGGGCUUCCGCGAAGAAAUGGACCCCACUAAGGCCAUGCAGUUCCAGACCUUCCCCCACCCGCAUUCAGGCACCAUCGGACCCUCUGGCAUGAAUACUCCGCAUCAGGUGCAUUCCCGAUCCGGCUCUCAGUCCAUGCCCAGACAGAAUAGACGCUACGACAGAGUUGGAUCAGCAGGUUACACGUUGCCAUCAGGCAAUGGUUCCAUUUACUCGCCCGGACCCGAGUACGACGAUCCGGCAAACUGCGCGCCGGAAGACGAGCAGUACGGAUCGCAAUAUGGCGGAUACGGAGCACCCUACGAUCAAUACGGAAGCCGGGGUUCAAUUGGACGCAGGUCUAUGGGAUCUCUAAGACUACAGCCAACCAGCAGCAGCCCUGAGCCGCCUCCGCCGCCACCGAGGAACCACGAUCCGUCUUUCAAUGAUUCCAAAGACAGCAACGAGAUUUCAGAGGCAGAAUGCGAUAGAGAUCAAUUGAUCAACAGCCGAACUUACGGUGUAAUGAGAGGUAACUCUAAGGAUGGCAUGUCCCACGAAGAAAUGCGCAAACUGAUUGAGAGAAACGAAACAGGGCAAACCUCAACAGCAAACGGGGGACUCACAGCCUACGAUACUAUGGCAGUGUAACUUGUAAAUCGAGACAUCGGCGAUGAAGAAAGAAGAAGGGACAACUGCCAAUCAGGGCACAAUUUAGUGAUCAUAAGCUAGGAAAAUUUUACCGCUGCAACUAACCAAAAGUAAACAAAACAUGUUACAAUGACGCGUAUUGAUUUGUUUGACGGAGCCGGUGAUCACUAAAUUUUGUUUACGAUUUAAUUCCCUCAUUUGUACGAAAUAUUCACGCUAAACCUUCGAGACUGAACUUUUUCAAUUUCACAGUAAAUUUAUUAUAAAUCGGUAGCACAACUGAACCAAAUCGGCCUCGCAUUAUAUGUAACAGGAAAUUUGGAUUUAUUAUUUAUCAUUUUGGAUUUUCCGUCCCUACCACUCGAUAUUGAAUUUGACCUGUACAUUUUUAGGUGAUAUUUAUUUUUAUUAAUAUGCAGAUUAAAUUGCGUUCUAAAUCCAAAUUUCCGACGGUGCGGGGUUAGUAGUUAUUCUGUGAAUAUUUAGUGCAAAUAUAGUUUAGUUUUUUUAACCAAAUAUUAUAUUAUUAUUAUUAUUUAAGCUGCUAGUUUUUUUGGGCUGUUUUGAGCCGCUAUUACGAAAAGCGUUCACAUUUUGCCAAAUUUUUCGGGGGUUUUUUGAUUUGUACAAGUGGCUCAAUGUGUCAUGUGAUAUUUUGUGGUUUGUGAGUGUUGUGUUGGUCGAAUUCGUUAAGAUGGUCUACAGUCGGUGCCAAAAAAUUUACCCAUCGUUUUUGGUUCGUUUAUUAACACUACUGUAGGCGAAAUCGGCAUAGUUGCGUUUUGACCGCGCACAGCUUUGACCACUUUGAAUGCGUGCGCAACUAUGCCGGCAUUAUUUUCGUUUUCUUUUGUAUAGGUAGCCUGUUUAUUUUUACCGCUUUAUUAAGUUGUUUUUCUUAUUUUCGUUUAUCAAUGAUUUCGUUAGGUUAGGACAUUUGGCGAUUGGUUUAGUUUUUUUAAUCGUGUACAAGUAUGAAGGUUGUGCGUCGCCAUAUGUAAUUAUAUAAAAUGCUAUAGCGAUAUGAAAUAAUAUUAUAGCUUAACAACGGCGCUUAGAUAAUAUUGCAUUCAUUAUAUUCGAUUAAUCAAAACUUGCUGUCGCAAAAAACGGAGAAUUCCUUUCUCUGAGCUUAAACUACACUGAUUUUAAAUUUCUGCAAUAUUAUCUUGUUCCUUUGGCAUUGUUUUGACGUAGCUAAGAAAUUAGGAACGAAAAGAACUACAUUUAGUUGCUAUGAAAAGAGUUAAACAAAAUUAUAUCAGUGUUUUUAACUUUAACAGCAUGCAUGUAUAUGUAGUGUUUAAACAUAAUUCCGAUCAUAAUCUAGAUAUACCUACUAAGAUAAAAUACAUAACCUAAUGUGUUUAAUUUUAUCCGACUUUCAUCACACAUCGACAAUUUAUGGACAAUGUCACAAUGAUUGCUUUGAUAUUUUAUCAACGGAAUAAAAUACAAGUAAAAAACAUUGAUUUAUGAAUUGUGGUGAGUGAAGAGUUCAUAAAUACUCAGCCAUAAUAGCAGACAUUAAAGCGCUUCAUUAAUAAAAUUGUAUGUAGUGUUUAAAAUAUCAGUAGAUUAGGUGUAUUUUAUCAAAUUUACCAAUUAUGGCAUUUUAGACAGGGUUUUUUCGUGUGUUUUACCAAAACCUUUAUUAAUACGUUGAUUCUUUUAGCAGGAUAUUUACUUUUUACAGUUCCUAAAGUAGUUACAGAUUAUUUGGUAAAAUGCAUUCAAAAAUAUUGUUGUUGCAAAGGUACUGAAGGUUUCUGCAUAGGUUUUUCAAGAUAUGUAUUAUAUUAUCUUUUCUGCUUUGACCUGUCCUUCCUCCUAAUUCCAUGCAAACCUUUAGAUAUCAAAUUAUUAAAAAGAUUCAUUGCCAUUUUUAUUUAACUAGUCAUAUUGCUUCCUCUCAAACACCAUUUAAUUGAAAAAUGGCAAACAAUUUUUUUACAUUAUAUUUUUGUUGUGAUAAUGGUUUGAAAUGCCAUUAUAAGUGUAUUGUAAGUGUGCUAUAUAUUCGGUAGUUCAUAAGUAUCUAUAAUAUUCUUCAAAUAUCUAAUUAAUGUACUCAUUAUUGAAUUUUUUGCAAUAUAUUAAUCAUAUACUAAUAAUUUAACUGUAUACAUUUUCUAUUCAAAUUAUUACGUGUUUGUCCUAAUUAUUUUCUUUGGAAUGUGGGUUUGAGCAAAAUUGGAGUGUAUUUAUAUACUGGAUUGCCAUUUUUUAUGUCACACACUCUAAUUUGUAUGUGCUUAUAUACCAAAGUCAUUUUUUUGGUUUAAUAUACAAAUAACUAUA